AUGGCGGCCAGGCUAUCCCGGACCCUGCUACAGGCUAACCGCCGUCUUUUCGCUGGAUCGUCGUUUGGCGCGAUCCGACGCAGUGUGCCGCGCCGCGCGCCGUGGACUUCCCGUGUAAUCCGGGCCAAUGUUGCGCGAUAUGCGCAUACAGAUUCUGGUUCACCGGCCACGGUCAACGCUUCCAUCCUUGAUGCCACGGGUUUCAAAGGAACGAGCGACACAAAAAAACAUUGGACGAACCAGGACUUGCCAAUUGUGGAUGCCUUGUUCGAGCCUCUUUUUGUGCCCCAUUUCCUCGAAUUUAUUUCGUCUGGUAUUCUGCCAAAUAGGAAAGAGACAGACUUGAGUCUACUCACUCCCGAUGAACUUCAGCUGUUCACGGCCCCAAGGGCACACUGGGCGCCAGCUCCGUUCAACCAGGACGCUCCCCCAGCGAUCGAGAACAUAAUGCAGCAGAUCCUGAAUCCCGAAAUCUCAAACGGGCUGUGUCAGCUGGGGCAAAACAUUCACUUCGUCAAGAGACGUCUUUCGGAAGGUCUCGCUCCCGUUUCUGCAUCGCGAUGGCAAGAGAAGGAUCUGAACAAUCCGGACCAUUUCGCGGUCGCUCAUGAAUACCUGACUUCCGUGCUGGCCGUCUUCGAGUACCUGAAUUUCCCUCAGAACCGGGUGAAAAUGCGCGACACAUUCAACAACGUCUCAAAGGAAUUGCAAAUAAUGCAGGACGCCUUGAACGCCCGGCGCAAGGCCCAGAGCAAUCUUUCCCCUAAGCUCGAACUCACUGCACUAUGGGAAGAGUAUAUCCGUGCCAGGUACGAAAUUAUGACCAGCACCGCCCAUUCAUGGGUCAUAGCCCGCGCUGCCGAGUUGCGCGAGCGAACGCUGGACGGCCUCUCCGCUCUAGGUCCCGACAAGAUGGAUGGCCCAGAAAUGAAUACAUUCUCCCAGCAGUGGACCGAUCUCAUCUCUGUUGUUUGCAAGGCAGAUCUCCAGAUCUGGAUUACUAUGGACGGGUAUAAUGACUAUCAUCCGCCCUCUGAGAUCGUCGGCGGGCUUUACAAUCCCGACCUGGAAAAGCUACAGACAAACUACGGCUUGAAUGAAGCUUUGAUGGACCGACUCACUAAAUGCAUUCAGGCUCAGAACGAGGCUCAAAAGAUACAAGGCCCAAGUGCGACACAGAGCGAAGCUGCUCGUCGCGAGCGCAUGUCCAUUAGCACGGUUGUUCAAGACGAACUGCGUGAAAAGAUACGCGGCCGGUCGUCGGCACCGCAGCAAUCUGUACAGCCCUGGAUCCAACUUCUCCUCCAUACCCACGAGGCGAUCUCGCAGAUGCCGCCGAGUGAAAGUGAAAAAUACGGCUUCGGAUUGGCGAUUUACUGCACAGCGCACAAGCUCUCUGGCGAGCAGUUGCAGAGUCUGAAGCAAAAAGUGGAAGCUGAUUUUUCCGCAUGGGGUGAUGAUGUCCAACUUGCUGAUAAGCUUAAGCCACUACUCAAAUUGCAUUGGUUCGACGGCAAGGAACUAGGCUUCGAUCCAGCCAAUACUGUCGAAGCUGCCAGAAGACACUACCAACAGAUCCGCUCCUCAGACGAGUGGAGCCGAAAAGUACCACCGUCUACUUUUCUCCUGAUCGACCCCAAGAGUGCAGACUCAUACAUCAACGAGACUACUCCGUCCUUCCAAAAGGACAAAGCGAUGCUCCCAGGAGACUUCCGAAACGAUGUCAUCGCCAUCGAUGCAAACUUCGACCGCAGCGCCGCUGCCAAUGAGAGCGCGGACGGAAACGCCGCUGAAAUCGCCCAAUAUCAAGACCCAGAUUACCACGGCCACAUGCGCAUCUUGGGCAACCUGGUUUGGAGCGAGCUCUAUCCCCUGGUCGUGGUGAAUGCUGCGGAGCUAUCAUAUCUGUGGCCGCAAGCCAAGCAGCAUCCAGGCAAUGUCUAUACGGGGCCAACGGUGCCAAGCCAGGUCGAGCCAUGGAAGGAAGUCAAUGACCUACAAGGCAUGAUGAUGAGUAGCUUCAUGGAUUUCCUGAAGAAGAAAGAUUCCACCCUGGCUGGGAAACUAGAGGAUUUGAAGAAGAAUGGCAGUUUUCCGAUAUUAGGCAAACGCUAA